CCCAGCCUCUAUCAACCCUCUUUCUCCUCCUCCUUUCUUAUACCCACUUGCAUGCCUCUUCUCUUCUACACACUUCAGAGAGAAAGCCACACCUCCUCCUCCAGCUCCCCAAUGCUUCUCUAGCUAAACUAGCUAGACGUUUAACUCUCCCAGAUUCAUCUCAAGCCGACAAGCAGCUGCAUGGCGAACCGGUGGUGGGACGGCCAUUUGGGACUGCCGGGCGUGGCGCCGGAGCAACCAUCUGGCUCGUCGGGCCCCAAGUCCGAUGCGCUCGCCCUCGCCGUCGUCAAGGACCCUGAGCCCAGCCCGACGUCUGGUGGCGGUGUGGCGGUGGAGCACGGGGACGAGACCAACGAGUCUGGUGGGGGCGAGCCGCGCGAUCCGGGCACGGUGGUGGCGGCCCCCAACAGGCGGCCACGGGGCCGCCCGCCGGGGUCCAAGAACAAGCCGAAGCCACCCAUCUUCGUGACGCGGGAUAGCCCAAACGCGCUGCGCAGCCACGUGAUGGAGGUGGCCGGCGGCGCCGACGUUUGCGACUCCAUCGCCCAGUUCUCGCGCCGCCGCCAGCGCGGCGUCUGUGUGCUCAGCGGCGCCGGGACCGUCGCCAACGUGGCCCUCCGCCAGCCGUCGGCACCCGGUGGCGCCGUCGUGGCCCUCCACGGCCGCUUCGAGAUCCUCUCGCUCACGGGCACCUUCCUCCCGGGGCCCGCGCCGCCGGGAUCCACAGGGCUCACCGUGUACCUGGCUGGCGGGCAGGGACAGGUGGUCGGCGGCAGCGUCGUGGGCCCGCUGGUCGCCGCGGGCCCGGUCAUGGUGAUCGCGUCCACGUUCGCCAACGCCACCUACGAGCGCCUGCCGCUCGAGGAGGAGGAGGAGGGCUCGGGCGCGCCGAUGCACGGCGGGGUCGAGCCGCCGCCGUCUCUCAUGGCCAGCGGCGGCGGGCACGGGAUGCACGACCCGUCGAUGUUCAACUUGCCGCCGAACAACGGGCACCUCGGCGGCGGCGGCGACGGGUUCCCGUGGGCGCCGCACUCUCGCGCUCCCUACUGAUGGCAAUGGCGACCGGUUACUGAAGUGGCAAUGGCGGCAUAUGCGUGCAUGGUUACUGUUCCAUUGGAGGUCGAGAUGGAUCCAUGCAUGGAUUGGCGCCAUUAGCUAGGUUAGUAUUGUGGUACAUAUGAUGAUCAAAUGGUGAUUAAUUAGGUUUCUGCGUACUCCUACUACUACAUUGUUAAGGUGAAAUAAUUUCGGUGUGUCUAUUAUGUACUUAAUUAAUUGAGCUAGACAUGGACCAUAUUGCUAGCUAGCUCGGAUCAAUUCAUGCAACAAUGUUUGCUUCUUGAUC